UAUGGUUUAUAUGUUCGAUUCUUAUUACCAAAAUUUGAUUCAUCGCAACGAAAAUGGAAAUUUAACAUUAACAUAUUACAGUGUCUUUGUACGUGAAAAUGAAGAAUUUUCUCCGCCUCAGUUGACUAUUCAAGACAUUUUAAGAAACAGCAAAAAUUCUGGUUGUAAUGGUUAUGUUAUUUUAAUUACUAAUGGAUUACAAACGAUGGAUCUCUUACAAUACGCAGAAAGAGAACGAUUGUUAAAUAUUCAAGGAUUUUUUUUAAUGAUCCACGAUUCAAGACUUUUCUACUCUAAUAUGAAAUACUUGUGGAACAGGAUAAUCAAUGUUAUUUUUAUCAGGCGACAUAGCUUGAUAAGAUCACAAUCUGGUAAAAAUAUAAAUUAUGACUGGUUUAAUCUCGAAACAAUACAAUAUCCUAUUCCUGGUCAAUACUUUCUUAGAACUUAUUACGUUGACACGUGGUAUAAAGGACGAUUUCGUUACGGAAAGAAUCAUUUUGCAAAUAAAGUACUAGAUUUAUCAAAAAAAAAAUUAAGAGUCGCUAUUUUUGAGCAUAUUCCGGCUGUUACAACAAAUUCAAGGAUAUUUUAUAAAAACUAUGAGAAACAUAAUAAUAAAUCUGUAGGAAUAGAAUUUGAGAUUAUGAAAAUUAUUGCUAAUAAAAUGAACUUCAAACCAAUUUUUUUCCGUCCGGAAAAUAUAGAAAUUACAAAAUGGGGGACUUCGAACAACAAUGGAAGUUAUGACGGACUUUUUGGAGAAGCAGUUGAAGCAAAAGCAACUUUUUUUUUAGGAGAUCUUCAUUAUACUCUUCGCCAUUACGAAAUUCUUGAUUUAUCUUCUCCGUAUAAUACUGAAUGUCUUACUUUUCUUACACCAGAAUCAUUCACAGAUAAUUCUUGGAAACUGUUAAUUAAUCCGUUUACGUUAUAUACUUGGACGACUAUCAUUUUCAUACUUUUAUUAGUUGCUUCUAUUUUUCGAGGUUUCACUAUAUUUUAUCAGAAACAAAUUUUAUCACAUGAAAAGAGCAACGAACCUUCGAGUUUAAAGAUAAUAUCGAUGAUUAAAGUACAAGAAAUAAAUGAAAUAUAUACCAAAAAAAUAUAUGGUUUAUCGCCAUUCACUGGAAUGCAAAAUUGUUUACUCUAUACAUAUAGCAUGCUUCUACAAGUUUCCUUGCCACGACUUCCUGAAGUUUGGGCCCUUAGAGUAUUUAUUGGUUGGUGGUGGCUUUACACAAUUCUGAUAACUGUUACUUAUAGAGCUAGCUUAACUGCUACUCUUGCAAACCCUAUCGCCAGAAUCACUAUAAACACAAUAGCAGAUUUGGCAAAAAGUUCAUUACCUGUUGGAGGAUGGGAUGAAAAUUAUAAAGACGUAUUUAGUUCUGAAUCAGAUGCAUUGUUAAAUAAAAUUGGAAAAAACUUUGAAUUAGUAAAUGAUGAAGAUGAAGCAAUUUCAAGAGUAGCAAAAGGAGCAUUUGCAUACUACGACAAUAUUUAUGUUUUGAAAGAAGCAAGAGCAAAACGACAACUUUUAGAAUCUAUGCAAAAAAAUGAAGCUCUCAAAAACAAUAAAAACUUAAUUGCAGAUAGAGAUUUACACAUUAUGGAAGAGUGUAUCAUUCAUAUGCCAAUAUCCAUUGGAAUGAUAAAAAAUUCUCCCCUCAAACCACAAGUCGAUCGCAUAAUUAACAGAAUAGUUGAAUCUGGGUUAGUAAAUAAAUGGCUCAGUGAUGUAAUGGAGUGGUCACAAAUAAUUGAAAUUAAAUCUGAAUCCAAUGGACCGAAAGCUUUAAUAGAUAUUCGUAAACUUUACGGUAUAUUUGUGGCACUAAUCAUAGGAUAUUUUCUAAGCUUUAUCACAAUGAUUGCAGAAAAUUUAUAUUGGAGAUUUGUAACUGCAAAAGAUCCAAAAUAUGAUAAAUACCGUAUGGAUAUUUUUUAUAGUUAUAAGAUGAAAUAA